GACGCCUCUACCCCUAAAGAGUAUUCCCGCCCGUCGUCGCCUUUGUUGAUCGUUUUCCUCAUCAGUACUCCCGAGGCCCCUGUUGAGAGUCAAGACCAAAGGGCCGCUGCAGAUCAUGUCAAGUUCCAGACCUUGGUUCUUGUCCUUUGCCAGACACGCAGACACGGCAUGCCUGGUACUUCGCACUCUACUGUACGGAGUACACCCGCAGCAUCGUUAAGCCUCGAAUACCUGACUCGGAAAAUGAUGUGCGCCAGCCAAGCAUGUGUAUCGCCUCUUAGAUCCUAUGGCGGACCUUGGCCGACAUACACGUCAUGUCACGACGGAUGA